CAUGUCAGGAAGAGGAAAUUGCAAGUAAAAUUGAGCAUUGAAGUUUUUAGGCAGUGGAAAGGAGCUUGUGUUCCCAGAGAAAUGGAAAUCCUUGGAGAAUGUUUGUCUGCAUGAUAUUUGGUACCUGGCGUAUCUAAACCCAGGACAAAUGUUCACAGCACAGCAAUCAAAACUGCUCAGGCCACUGUAAAAGGGGAGGAUGUGUGCUAGAGCUAGAGAAACACAACUGAAAAGUGACAGCUGGAGAUGCUGAUCAGCGGUGCAGAUUGAUUUCAAAAGUGAGUGAGAUGUCUUGUGCUUUGCAGUCUCAGGACUAAAGACUACAGAAUGCUGGCUUGGUACCUAUGACUUCCAACACCAGCAUUAGUGCCAUUCUCCAAGUCAAAGACAGCAAGUUGCAAAUAAAAUUUGGAACUGAGGUUUCAGGCAAAAGAAAGAAACUCAUCAAAGAAUGGCAGCAGAAAACCAUUCUUUUGUGACUAAGUUUAUUCUGGUUGGGCUAACAGAGAAGUCAGAGCUACAGCUGCCCCUCUUCCUCGUCUUCCUGGGAAUCUAUGUAGUCACAAUGCUGGGGAACCUGGGCAAGAUCACACUGAUUGGGCUCAGUUCUCACCUGCACACACCUAUGUACUAUUUCCUCAGUGGUCUGUCCUUCAUUGAUCUCUGCCAUUCCACUGUCAUUACUCCUAAGAUGCUGGUGAACUUUGUGACAGAGAAGAACAUCAUCUCCUACCCUGAAUGCAUGACUCAGCUCUACUUCUUCCUCGUUUUUGCUAUUGCAGAGUGUCACAUGUUGGCUGCAAUGGCAUAUGACCGCUACGUGGCCAUCUGUAGCCCCUUGCUGUACAGCAUCAUCAUAUCCAAUAAGGCUUGCUUUUCUCUGAUUUUAGGGGUGUGUGUAAUAGGCCUGAUUUGUGCAUCAGCUCAUAUAGGCUGUAUGUUUAGGGUUCAAUUCUGCAAAUUUGAUGUGAUCAACCAUUAUUUCUGUGAUCUUAUUUCUAUCUUGAAGCUUUCCUGUUCUAGUAUUUACAUUAAUGAGUUACUGAUUUUAAUCUUUAGUGGAAUUAACAUCCUUGUCCCCAGCCUGACCAUCCUCAGCUCUUACAUCUUUAUCAUUGCCAGCAUCCUCUGCAUUCGCUACACUGAGGGCAGGUCCAAAGCCUUCAGCACUUGCAGCUCCCACAUCUCGGCUGUUUCUGUUUUCUUUGGGUCUGCAGCAUUCAUGUACCUGCAGCCAUCAUCUGUCAGCUCCAUGGACCAGGGGAAAGUGUCCUCUGUGUUUUAUACUAUUGUUGUGCCCAUGCUGAACCCCCUGAUCUACAGCCUGAGGAAUAAAGAUGUCCACGUUGCCCUGAAGAAAAUGCUAGGGAAAAGAACAUGCUUAUGAACAGAAGUACAAUGAAAAAGAUUGCAUUAGAUCUAAGUUUUUGGCUAUUAUAUUGUAUGAAAUGAUGUCUUUCACUUUAGUGCAUCUGUCAACAUUCUUUCUAAUUUGGGGGGAUUUUACUGAUGUUAUGUCUUUAUGCACAUGGUCUAUUUCAUGCCAUUUCCCUCUCAUUUUUUCUCUCAUAAGGAUUACGAAGACAUGAUAUUUUCUUAGAAGAAAUAAUAAGGUUGACAUAGUGAAAUAGUGGCAUAACCCGAUAAUGCCAGUUCCAUUCCCUUCCCCCUUUUCUUUCAUGUAAUUGAUUAAAACAUACUCCUCAACAUAAUAAAAAUACUAUCUUCUGGUGAUAAAAUACUAU